GUCAAAAAAUUCAACACACCAGCAGUGUGAGGAGACCUGAAAGUGGCACAUGGCAUGGCAGAGUGUGGCGAUGGAGACAGCAGCAAUGGGAGGCCGUACAGGGACCCAUGAGAGACUCUGGACCUGGCAGCAGCAUGAGGAAGCGGUAUAUAGGGGCCUAUGGCAGAUUAGGGGCCUGGCAGCAGCUAUGGGAGGCCCAUAAUCUGCCAGCACCCUAUGUCAAAAAAUUCUACACACCAGCAGUGUGUGAGGAGACCUGAAAGUGGCACAUGGCAGAGUGUGGCGAUGGAGACAGCAGCAAUGGGAGGCCGUACAGGGACCCAUGAGAGACUCUGGACCUGGCAGCAGCAUGA